GUGUGCAAAGACGUGUUUCUAUCAUAAUUAGGGAAAUAUUUUUCUAAUUCAGAUAAGCCUUUAGAGUCAUAUUAGACGUGUUAAAUUUGUACUAAUGUAAAAAAUAUAUACAAAAAAUUGUUGAUGUAUAAUAUGUUUCUUCAUUGAUGCAGAUAUUUUUUGUAUUUGAAGUGUCAAUAAGUGACUGCUGAAAUACAUCAAUCUACAAAAUGGCAACCAAUUCUCAGUCUUCAGUUGAAAAUGGUUCUGAUGAAGUUAAGGACUAUAUUUGUAAUGCCUGUGAAGACCAUAAUAAUGUUGAGACAAGUGCUGACUUCUAUUGUAAACAGUGUGAUCGGUUUUAUUGUGGAAACUGUUUAGAGCUACACGGUAAAGUGUUUGCGAAACAUACUGUAUUUGAAAGAUUUUAUCUAUAUGAGGAAUGGCCAGUUUCAAAAAAGUUGGUGGAAUUUAUGCAAACUUGUGAUGAACACAAGGACCAUAAAAUUGACAAGUUCUGCAACCUACACAGACAGCUGUGCUGCCCUCAGUGUGUAUCAGAUUAUCACAUGUUGUGUUAUCACAGCCAAUGCAGUAAAGUAACUCCCAUAUCUGAGCUGACCGAUCCUCAGCCCAAAGAUCUGCAGAAACUGUCAGCGAGGCUGGAGACUGUGCUCGAAGGAAUCAUAUGCCUGCAAAGCAGUCAUGAGGCCAGUAUUAAAUCAUUACAAGAAACAUGCAAGGAACAUGGGGCAUUCAUGAUGGAACAAAUGCGUUUCAAAAUAAAUAAUACUGUAGAUGAAUAUGGUAAUAGUUCUGUGGAAUUCAUGAUAAAACAAAUGCGUGGCAAUAUAAAUGCUACGUCUGAUGAAAAUGAGCAAUAUAUAAAAGAUGAAAUGCGUAGUUGUGUACUUUCUAUCUUGAAUGAAUUUGAUAAUAGUACUGUGAAGGAGCUGAAAGAAAUUAAAGAUGAAGUUAUAAGCAUAACAGAUUCCAUUACAAGUUCUAUUGAUAAAUGCAUCGUUCUUCAGAACGCGUUAACACAAUUACUUGAAACCAUUUAUAAAAUUGGGAAUAAUAAGGAGAUCUUACUUAUAGCCAGCAUAAAAUGUGAGCCCAAAAUACAGCACUCAAUGAGUGUGCUGGGGAAGUCAGACCAGGUGUUCACUGUCCAGGGAAUAGGGCGUGAGCACAAUAUGAGAAUGCCAAUGGAUUCACGAGUACCCGCUAUUGCAGCAAUAUGUGUUCUCCCAGAUGGACAGGUGCUGUGUUUAGACUACCACAAUAAAAAAGUCAAGCUGCUGGACCAGCAGUACCGGGUGGUGAGUCACUGUGGUGUGAAUGCUUGUCUUGAGGACAUGUGCCAGAUCACACCCAGUAAGGUGGCUGUGAUUGUGGAUGAUGGAGGUAACACACAAGAGGUCCAGUUUAUCACAGUCAUCCAGAGCCAGCUUGUUUUAGGGAGAAAGUUUAAGUUAGGACAUCAAUGUACAGGUAUUGCCCACCACCAGGGAGACCUGUUCAUUGCCUCUGGUACAACACUGUAUAAGUACUCCCUGAGUGGGCGUAUGUUCCGCGAACUCUAUAGCGAUGACACAGGUGGUGCUACAGUAUACAGGUGUGCUGUGAGUCCCACUGGAGACAAGCUGUACAUAACCAGCUACUACGACGACCGGCUCAUCACCUUGGUCAGGGAUGGAAAAGAUUUGGAUUCGGAACUUGCAUAUUAUCCAAAAUAUGUUCGUGAAGUUGAAGGGCCAACUGAUAUUCAUGUGACCCCUGCAGGCCAAGUGCUGGUCUGUUCGUACCUGUCUCACACUAUACUCCAGGUAGACUGGACGAGGUCGAUAGACCCGGCUCUGGCCACACUUGUUACUUGGAAGAAAGGAAUGGUGGAUCCAUACUCAGUCUGCUACAACAACACCACAUCCUCAAUCAUUGUGGGAAUGUGUAAUGGCAACGUCAUGGUGUUCAGAGUGAAAUAAUGUGUUCAUUGAAAUAUAAUAGUUAUUGUUAUUAUUAAUUAAUGUUGCAAUGCCAAUAUGUUGUUGAGCAUAAUACAAUUGAAAUGCGUCAUAUAACAAUACGACAUUGUGUGUGUAGUUUCAGAUGCAAAUCAUUUGUGUACAAAUGUUGUUUGCUUAUACAAUGUGAAUGUUUUCUUUGAACGUAAGAACUAAAACAUAUUAUGUUAUGUUCUUAUAACAUUUUAUAGUUUUAGUGUUCUUUUUUAAUUAACAAGCUGUUGUAUUUGAAAACACAAAGUAUUUCAAGUGUAUAUUUAAUGUUUGUACAUAUAUACACUUCACUGACUUGUCCAAAGCACAUAAUGCUAUUUUUAGACUCUCAUUUCUACAUAUAUCGUGUCAUUUGAGAAAUUUAUAUUGGUGAAUACUGUUUGUAAAUAUGAAAUAUUAUAGUAAUCUUUAAAGGGAAAGCUAUUGAUCUAUUGAGUACUGCUAACAUAAAGUAAUCGCCUGCUGUGAGAUAUAUUACCGUAGUAUUACCUUUUUUAUGCUGCUGAUUAUUUGUCGUUUUUUUAUAAUUACAAUGUAAAUUUUGGGUGAAUCUAAAAUAGACAUACAGAAAAUAAAUCAAGACAUUCUGCUUGGACCGGAAAAGGAAACAACAAUUCCCCGGCAGGGAAGGAUUGCCAGCUCCUGUCGGAACCAAUGUCUCCAUGGGGCUCAUUGAAAUAUGACCUUGGAACACCUUAAGGUCAGAAGGCUUGUGAACAUUUUCGACACAAGAGUUGUCAGUGGUGCUAGGCAAUUGUGUUUGACUGAUAGAAGCAAGUCUCCAUAGACAGGACCCAUAGAGAGAGACUGAGGGAGAAACAGCAGAGCACUCCCAACGACGACGAUAAGCAGGGCAUGGAGCCCGCCCAAACAACGGACGACAAGCAGAGCAAAAAGCUUCUGGUGCUUCUGAGGUCGCUACUCAGCCUGGACAAUGGUACAUAUGAUGACAUCAUCAAGACCAAUGUGAAUUCGUAGAAGAUAAGAUCCGACAGAACCAGGAAUUAAUUAGAGCAUACAGAUGAGGGUACAGAUGGACGCAUAUACAAUUCUGCCCUUAUUGCAGAAUAGAGGCAUUACAGGCCGUGGCAGCUGGAAUCGUGUCGUCCUCAUUUACGUUUGCAACGCCAUCCGUGAUGACAAAGAUGAUGUUCUCGGCAUCGAAGCGAUCACCGAGCUCUUCAUGUGAAAUCUCUUCGACGACUCGCAGGGCACCUGCCGUUGUGGAUGGAAAACUUACUUCACGGCAUUCUGGAUGAUCGGGAGGUCCUUGUAGCGACCCAGCGAGAAGACGAUCUGGACCUCGGUGCUAAACGUGAUGAGGGAGAAACGGUUGCGAGCGUCCUUGCUACUGAACUCCUCGA